CUCGGGGCAAGCGACUCCACGGGAGCGAGCAUUGCUGUAGAUUACACACCGGCUAGGGAAGAGCAGGACGGACUGGAACGCCGCUCUCCGACAAACCUGACAAGUAGGGAAAUAGUUUCACACGGUGGCCGGUCGACGGGAAAGUUUACUGGGAGUUUAACUUCACCCGGGAGCACCGCGGCGUGUCGGUGUGUUCCCCCCUGGGAGCCAGCGGAGGAGGUAGGUGAAGGUCUACUGAUGAAGACAUGGUAAUAAAUAUUUUUCUUUUGGGGUGAACAGCCUGGUGGAUAGUAAGAGGCAUCAUGGCAGAUCUGCCUAUUGCCCCGGGCCAGAUCUACAUCGAGGUAGAAUACGACUAUGAGUAUAAGUUUAAAGACCGGCUCAUUAAGAUCCAGCAGGGGGAAUGCUACAUGCUAGUCAAGAAAACUAAUGAGGAUUGGUGGCAGGUGAAAAAAGAGGAGGGGUCUAAAGCUUUUUACGUACCUGCUCAAUAUGUCCGAGAAGUCCGCAAAGCCCUCAUGCCACCCCCUAAACCGAUCCUACAUCUUCCGAGUGCUACUGGUAAUCCAUCUUCACAAAGUGCAGGUGCACGCUGGGUAAAACCAAACAAUCUGGAUCUGGGACUCAACAAUCAUCCCGCUGAGAACCUUCACAGAAACGAGUCCAACUAUCAGCGCUCCCCUUCAGCACAAACUGGAAACAUGGCUAAAUUCACUCCCCCGAUUCAGCGCAGGGACAAUAACCACCAUCAUGCCCCCACCUCUCCCACUGACCAUGACAAAGCUCUGGCUGAAGCUCUCCAUGGUGGUGUCCCACCACCCCCUUACAAAGGUGGGUCCAGCACCCUGCCCCGCAGUCGAGCCAGAUCCCCAGAACUGGUCAGGGCGCCGCUGGACGUGGACACCACCCAAUACUGUGACUCUGCGGGCGAAGAUAGACGUACAAAUGACUCUGAGUCUGGAGACGAACUGAGCAGCUCUUCCACUGAACAUCUCCAGACUGUGUCUUCUGGCCAGGGCCGCCCCGAGUCACCCGUCUACAGCAACCUCCAGGAACUGAAGAUCACCCAGUCUACCCAGCCCCCUCUGCCCUCUGGCUCCCCGCUCCAUGUGGUUGGAGACUGGGAGACCCAUAAGGACCAGAAUGGUAGGCAUUUCUACUACAAUCGCGCCACCCAGGAGAGGACCUGGAAGCCACCUCGAACCAGGGAUAAUAGCACCAGAAACUUGCAAGGAGAGAGCCACAGCACCGGAGAGAGCUCAGAGACCACCCCUCUCUCGCUCUCGCCGUCUUUCCUCCCCUUUCUCUCGCUUUCUAUUGGUCGACUGCAGCCUCUGUCAUCGGAGGACACCUGCUUCAGUACCUACUCUACCUACUCUAGCCAGUCAGACAGCCAAUAUGGCUCGCCGCCACGCGGUUGGUCGGAGGAGAUGGACGAGUACGGUCACACGCUGUACGUCAGCGACUAUACUAACGAGAAGUGGUUAAAGCACGUUGAUGACCAGGGAAGACCUUAUUACUACAGUGCAGACGGCUCCAGGUCAGAAUGGGAGCUGCCAAAGUACAACCACUCCCCUCCCCAACCCUCUGUGGAUGCUCCAAAGACCCGCAGUCUAGACAGAAGAAACGUGGAGCCCAUCGUCCUGACCAAGUGGAGACAUAGCGCCUACGUCCAGGACCCAGCCGACAAGCCAUCUGAAAAAUGUGGAAUUCUGAAUGUGACAAAGAUCACUGAAAAUGGCAAGAAAGUGCGGAAGAACUGGACUUCUUCCUGGACCGUCCUCCAAGGUUCAACGCUCCUGUUUGCCAAAGGACAGGGAGGUGGAACUAGCUGGUUUGGAGGCGGUCAGUCGAAACCAGAGCUCACAGUGGAUCUGAAGGGCGGCUCAGUGGACUGGGCUUCCAAAGACAAGUCCAGCAAGAAGCACGUUAUAGAGCUGAAGACUCGUCAGGGCACAGACCUGCUGAUCCAGUCAGAAAACGACAGCAUCGUCAACGAUUGGUUCAAGGCGCUGCAGGACACCAUCAGCAACCAUGCCAGUGAGUCUGAUGACCCCAUAGAGGCGGACAUGCCCGAGUCGCCUGGUGCGGAGAAACAUGACAAAGAGAAAGACCGCAGAGACUCCAAGAAAGCCAAAGCCAUGAAGCCCUCAACCAGCAUGGACUCCUCCGAGCACAAGAAGACCAGGCACAAGCUGAAGAAGCUCCUGACCGGCCGUCCCACCCUUCAGACCGUCAAGGAUAAGGGAUACAUUAAAGAUCAGGUGUUUGGCUGUGCUCUUUCCAGUUUGUGUCAAAGGGAGAACACCACGGUGCCGAACUUUGUCAAAAUGUGCAUUGACAAUGUGGAGAACAACGGUCUGUCGGUAGACGGGCUGUACAGAGUUAGUGGGAACCUGGCAGUCAUACAGAAACUCCGCUUUGCUGUCAAUCACGAUGAGAAGGUGAAUCUGUCAGACGGGAAGUGGGAGGACAUCCACGUGACCACAGGAGCCCUGAAGAUGUUCUUCAGAGAGCUGCCGGAGCCCCUCUUCACCUACAGUCUCUUCCACGACUUUGUCAGCGCCAUCAAAAUAUCUGACUACAAGCAUCGAGUUCAAUCGAUCAAAGAGCUGGUCAGACAGCUGCCCAAACCCAACCACGACACCAUGCAGGCUCUCUUCAAACACCUCAGGAAAGUGAUUGACUACGGCGAGGAGAACCGUAUGACGACCCAGAGCGUCGCCAUCGUAUUCGGCCCCACGCUGCUGCGGCCUGAAACGGAGACGCUGAACAUGGCGGUCCACAUGGUCUAUCAGAACCAGAUUGUAGAGCUUAUACUGCUAGAGUAUGAGAGCAUUUUUGGAAGGUAGAUGACACAGGAUGAGCUUCUCUUUGUUUUUCUUUUCCUCUCCCAGUGCAGAGCUCUUCCUAACCUAGCGUGGCAGGCCCGGCUCGGGUCAACCCGGCCCGGCUCGGGUCAACCCGACCCAGCCUCGCCCUGCCCCGGUCUGGGCCAGCUUAUCCUGAACUCUUACCAACCUGGCUUCUCUGGUCGCUGACUUCUCCGAUCUUCAAAAUCUUAGACCAACAAAGCCAACCGAAAAAUUACAAUGAAAACAUCCAUAACUAUCGACCAAAAAGUUUGGACUCUUUGCACUUUUCAGUCUCAUUUUCUCCCGCAGCUGUAUUUGUGCCACUUUACUGCAAAGGUGGCGUCCUUCUGUCCUAUCACUGGAUUCCUAAAACUAUUAUUACUUACUGGGCCAAGCAAGCCCGAACUACUGCAAAGACUGACUGAGGCCAAAGGAGCAGCAGCAGGUCCAGUAGGCUGUAUUUACAGAUGAGGCAGCAGUAUUGGGGGUUUAUGAUGCUGGAUGCAGCUUGUAUGUACCGUACUGUACUGUAAAUCUCAUUACCUGUAUAGUCACUCCUGUAUGAACCACACUGAGGAACCAACAGAAGGAAACCAAACUGUGGACUCUUUACCUUCGGACAUAAAAGGUGAAACAUGCUGACGCUGGAACAAGAAGAGGAGGGAAGAAUAUUUUUUGUUGUUGUUGUUUUUUUUAUUUUGUUUGUUUAGUUUUUCUUUUUUUACUUUUAGUUUAAGUGGAUCGUGCCCCCUCUCUUUGAAUCUGCUUCUCUGUAUUUUCUUGCUGAAAAACAGGACCAAGGUCCUCUGAACACAUAAGAGGUUAUCGCCUCCGGUAUUGCAUCUGCACGCCACCUUCUUAGUUUUUAGAACAAAUCAUCUAACAGUGGGCAGAACAUCAUCUUGGGGGGGACAAAACAAAUUAACGGUAUUGUACAGUGUUUGUGCGUGUGCAUGUGAAUGGGGAGGGUGGAUGGAUUCAUGAAUGAAUGAAUUAAAUAGCAAUAUAUUGUAAAAAUAGUAAAUAUAAGUACGCCUGGAGUGUUAAAAAUAUAUAUAUGAUGCAAGGGAGAAAUCACUAUUGUGUGAUCAUUGUGUAACCAACAGACCUGAGAAAUAAAAUUAUGAACUGGGAUGUGGAGGUUUACCUUUGAGUCAGUACUGUUGGCAUUGUCUAACUGAAUUAAAGACUUCAAAU